UUGUAGCAUGCUCAGCACAAAACUGGAUUAACUGUGGCGAUUGUCGUUGCUGUUGUUGUUGACUGUCGAUUUUCCUGAUACGAUAAUAAAUUUGCACUGUACAAUGUAUGUCAAUAGCGUGAUAAUAUUUCUGUGCUGCAGUGCCGGACUAAUUGGUCGUAAUAACAUUAUCGCGGCCAGCUCGGUGAAGACGUCGGCCUUGGUCCGCCAGCUCCUCGCCGCGGACGACGUCCACGUGCCGCCCAACGCCGACCAAGCCGGUCAGCCGGUGAACGUCAGCCUCAGCCUGACCGCCACGGGCGUGCAGCAUGAUCGCCCGGACAGCGAUUUGGUUACGCUGCUGGGAUUUCUCAACCUGGAGUGGACGAACAGCCGGCUGACGUGGGACCCGCUGCAGCACCACAAUAUCACUCUGGUACACCUUCCGGCCGAUCGCGUCUGGCUGCCCGACAUGACGCUGUAUAACAGCUACAACGCCUGCAAGCGAGUCUUCCCGGAAGAACGGGAGCUGCUCGGGGUGCGUCCCGAUGGCACGGUCUCCUGGUCACCCUACGUGUCCUUCCCGCUGACCUGUAGUCGUACGCAGAACGCAGCCGGCGAGGCCGAAGUACACUGCGCUGUUAAAUUAGCUUCCUGGCUUUAUGAUAGUUCGGUGAUUGACGUUAUCGUUGUGCCGUCCAGCAGUGUAAUCGGCACAACCGGUAGUGUACAUAUGUUUCUGCAGAACGAAGCUGCAUUAAACACCUAUUCGUAUGCAUACCGACUCGGCUCCCGCUACCACAUAACCGGCAGCACGGUAGUCCGCAGAGUUCUAUACUACCCCAGCGGCCCCGAAGCCUACCCGUACAUUGAGAUGACCUUUACCGCUACAAGAGCAGCAGCCUCACAGCUACGCCUCGCUUGGGUUGCGUUCAUCCUCAGUUUUCCGCUAACAAUAAUGCGCUAAUGCGGCUGACUUGCGCACAACUAAUUCGCCAUGCCAGUUGCGUUCUGCUGAUAAUAAACUUGAAUUGUAUCUGUAGAAAAUACCUUCUGCCUAUUUAUCGGAAGCUGCCCAUUCUGUUAUUUUCUAAACGUGAUUUUGGUUCUUGUUCUUCUUCCGUCCGUACGAAACGUUCUAAUAAAUUAGGCUCGCGAUCUAGCCGCACAGUGAA